AUGGGGAAAAAGCUGGACCUUUCCAAGCUCACAGAUGAGGAGGCUGAGCACGUGUGGGAAGUGGUUCAGCGGGACUUCGACCUCAGGAGGCGAGAAGAAGAAAGACUCCAGGGACUGAAGGGCAAGAUACAAAAGGAGAGCUCCAAGAGGGAGCUGCUGUCGGACACAGCCCAUCUGAAUGAGACCCACUGUGCCCGCUGCCUGCAGCCCUACCGGCUCCUCGUGAACAGCAGACGGCAGUGUCUAGAGUGCAGCCUCUUCGUCUGCAAAAAGUGCAGCCACGUCCACCCAGAAGAGCAGGGCUGGCUCUGCGACCCCUGCCACGUAGCCAGAGUCUUGAAGAUUGGCUCCCUGGAGUGGUACUACCAGCACGUGAGAGCUCGCUUUAAGCGUUUCGGGAGUGCCAAAGUGAUCCGGUCUCUUUGCGGGCGCCUGCAGGGUGGAGGUGGGUCUGAGCCAAGCUUGGAAGAAGGAAAUGGAGACAGUGAGCUGACGGAUGAGGAUGGAGACCUGGACACAGAGGCCCGAGACCAGCCCCUCAACAGCAAAAAGAAAAAGCGCCUGCUCUCCUUCCGAGAUGUGGACUUUGAGGAAGACUCAGACCACUCAAUGCAGCCUUGCAGCCAAACCCUGGGCCUGUCCUCAGUCCCUGAGUCUGCACACAGCCUGCAGUCCCUUUCAGGUGAGCCCUACUCUGAGGACACCACCUCUCUGGAGCCCAAGGGCCUGGAGGAAACUAGUGCAGGGGCUUCGGGGUGUCACCCCAGUCCUGAAGAGCAGCCAUAUAGCCCUUUACCCUCUGGAGAAGAUGCUGACGCUGAGCUGCAGUCGCCUGCAGCAUCCUGCACGAGGGCCCUUGGGACUAGAGCUAUGCCUGGGAUAGAUGAUAUCAAGGGCAAGCAUCUGCCCUCACAGUACCUGGCUGAUGUGGACACCUCUGAUGAAGACAGUAUCCAGGGUCCCAGGGCAACUUCCCAGCAUACCAAGCGGAGGGCCCGGACUGGGCCUGAGACUCAGAUCUUGGAGUUGAACAAGCGAAUGUCAGCCGUGGAGCACCUGCUGGUCCAUCUGGAGAAUGCGGUUCUGCCGCCCUCAGCCCAGGAACCAGCUGUGGAGACACACCCCAGUGCCGACACAGAGGAGGAGACACUCAGGAGGAGGCUGGAGGAGCUGACCAGCAAUAUCAGUGGUUCUGGGACCUCAUCAGAAGAUGAGACCAAGCCAGCUGGCACCUUCCUUGGAGUGUCCCCAAAGGUGUGCACAGACACAGGGCACAUGGAGACACAGGAAAGGAGCCCUCAGAGCCCUGGGGACCCUGCUCGGCCUACAAAAAGCACAGAUGAGGAGCUAUCUGAGAUGGAGGAUAGAGUGGCCAUGACAGCAUCUGAAGUUCAGCAAGCUGAGAGUGAGGUCUCAGACAUUGAGUCCAGAAUUGCAGCUCUGAGGGCAGCAGGACUCACAGUGAAGCCCUCGGGAAAGCCUCGGAGAAAGUCAGGCAUCCCGAUCUUUCUUCCCAGGGUUACUGAGAAACUUGACAGGAUUCCAAAGACUCCACCUGCAGACCCUGAGAACCAGGCCAAGAUGCCCAAGGCCACAGCUGUCCCCUCUCUCCUGAGGAGGAAGUACUCUCCCAGCAGCCAAGGCAUAGAUGGUAGUUCUUUUGAUCGGAAAUCAGUGUACCGUGGCUCGCUGACACAGAGGAACCCUAACGGGAGGAGAGGAACAGCCAGCCAUAUCUUCGCGAAACCUGUGAUGGCCCAGCAGCCCUAAAGGGGAGGCUCAUGGCACAGGACAGUAUCACAAAGCACCCCCACAGUUUCCUCCACAUGGCCAUCGCAUCCCCAUGGGCUCUGUGCUCACAGAUGCCUGGAAUCAUCCUCCCAGUGAGAAGUAAGAAGAACUUCGUGUGGGGAUCCACUUGUGAGACUUCAGGAUCUCAAGCCCAGCUGUCACCAGAUCACCAGCCCGAGCCAGGGCACCUGCCAGCCUCUGACCCGGGAAAUACAAACUAUGUGACUUCCCCUCAGUUGAUGCCUGCUGAAGGACACUCAGUUACCCUCUCACUGUGAUUCUUUAACCCAAUCUUCAGCUUUGCUGGGCCUCACUCACAACUGGGAUGGGAAGAACUGGUUCAGAGGAGGCCCUGAACAUGUGCACAUUCCUGACUGUGUGCACAUGUGCACGAGAGGGGGGGGGAGAGAGAGACAGAGAGACAGAGAGACAGAGAGACAGAGAGACAGAGAGAGAGAAGAGAGAGAGAGAGGAGAGAGAGAGAAGGGAGAGAGGAGAGAGAGAGAAAUAAGAGUGUCUGUGGGCAUGAUGGGAGAGUGUACAAUUGCAGGUGGUGAAUGAGGCUGGGUGGAUUCCUCACCCACCCCACAGACAUUGUUCUUCAAAUUUCCAUGUGUGUUACAGAUAAAAGCAAAUAACACUGACCACCCCCAACCUAAUAUUCCCACCACAAUAACCACCACCUACAGUGCCACACUGAGACCAAGCCUCCAACACAGGCUUUUGGGGUACACUACAUAGGGACCUCGUUUUCUAGAUAGCUCAUGCUUCAAAUGCAAGCUUCUAACACACAGAUGACUGCUCUGGGAUUUAUCAAGAACUCAGAUCUUCUGAAGUCAGGUAUGUCAGAGCCAGUUUUGCUGCAUAGUCUGCCCUUCACAUCACUGCAGGGAGGCUGUUCCCCACACCCAGGGCUGCCUCUUCCCUGUCAGCUUAUAUCCUGUUCUGGGAGUCUAGAGAGCACACAGGCCAGAGCCACAUACAUCCUAGUGUCUUCUGAGACUAAAACUCCAGGAAGAAGCCUCUCACCCUUUCAGAGAUGCGCCUCUCAGGAGCUUCACACUUGUUUCCAAUGUCCUUCUAGCAAAGUCCUACAAAACAAGCUAAUGCAGGAAGUAUGUCCUCCUGUGCUGCCUGUGCCCUGACUACUGGCCACCUAACCUUACCUGCCCUUGGGGUUGGAGGUGAAGUGGCACAGAGUCAACAACACAGACUCCAGGAAGAGGUGAGAAACAGAAACGCUGCAGCAAGUUCACCUGAACGCUGCUGCACGCUCCUUUAAUACCCUCCAUCCACGCCCCAUUGGUCCCAAGAAAGCAUCCCUUCUAAACAGCAGUUCCCGAUUGGCUGACAUUGUCUGCAUCAGCAAUCCUUGGUCUCUCAGGCAGUCCUCAAUUAGGUCCUCCUGUAGGAGAUGGUUUUGAAGCUGCACAAGCCCCCAGUGUUCCUGAAUUUCAAAGGACAAAUG